GAAGCUGAAGGACUGAAGGGAGAGUUUGAUCGGAAGCAGGCCAGCAAGACCCUAAAUACCCCGACAGACAAGGUGGAGGGCACCAGUGAUGAACAGCAUGAAGAAGACGUGAACAGGGCCAGUGCCAGUCAGGCACCUAGACAGCCUGAUGAUGCUGUUGAGCAGCAGCAGGAGGAAGAGGAGGAAGGCCAAAUAAAAAUCAGAAUUACUAAAUUUAAACCAGGCAGCAGCUCAGCUUUGAAAGAUGUGAAGGUGCAGGAAAUGAGCGAUGCUGACCCCCGGAUACAGCAAAUACGAGAUGUGGUGAAAGGGCAGCUAGAGAAAGCCGGCCUGAAGGCGGAAGGUAAAAUCGAGGUGAAAAUCCUGAGCCGAGGAGGGGCUGAUGAUGACGAUGUGCACUGGCUGACCGAGGAAGACACAAAGUCCUUUCGGGAGCUGCUCAUCAAUCUGCUGGUGAGAGGCUUUCCU